AUGCUCAAGCGCUGCGGCCGCCGCCUGCUGCUGGCGCUGGCGGGCGCGCUGCUCGCCUGCCUGCUGGUGCUCACGGCCGACCCGCCGCCGCCCCCGGUGCCCGCUGAGCGCGGUCGGCGCGCGCUGCGCAGCCUGACGGGCCCCUCGGGGGCGGCCCCAGCUCCUGGGCUGGAGGCGGCGGCGGCCCCCGGGGCGCUAGUCCGCGAGGUGCACAGUCUGUCCGAGUACUUCAGCCUGCUGACCCGCUCUCGUAGAGACGCGGGCCCACCGCCCGGCAGCGACCCCCGCCCCGCAGACGGCCAUCCGCGGUCCCCGGCCGAGCCACUCACGCCGCACGACGUCUUCAUCGCGGUCAAGACCACCAAAAAGUUUCACCGCGCGCGCCUCGACUUGCUGCUGGAGACGUGGAUCUCGCGCCACAAGGAGAUGACGUACAUUUUCACGGACGGGGACGAUGAAGCCCUGGCCAGGCGCACGGGCAACGUGGUCAAUACGAACUGCUCGGCUGCCCACAGCCGCCAGGCGCUGUCCUGCAAGAUGGCCGUGGAGUAUGACCGCUUCAUCGAAUCGGGGAGGAAGUGGUUCUGCCACGUGGACGACGACAACUACGUGAACGUGCGGGCCUUGCUGAGGCUGCUGGCCGGCUACCCGCCCGCGCAGGACGUGUACCUCGGCAAGCCCAGCCUGGACAGGCCCAUCCAGGCCACAGAGAGGGUCAGCGAGAGCAAGGUGGUGAGUGUCCCGCCCGCACAGGCCCGCGCUGAGCCGAGCGGGGGCGGGGGCGGGAGUCUCACCGCGUGCCCCCUCCCGCAGCGUCCCGUCCACUUCUGGUUUGCCACCGGCGGGGCUGGCUUCUGCAUCAGCCGAGGGCUGGCCCUGAAGAUGAGCCCUUGGGCCAGCGGAGGCCACUUCAUGAGCACGGCCGAGCGCAUCCGGCUGCCGGACGACUGCACCGUCGGCUACAUCGUGGAGGCCCUGCUGGGCGUGCCCCUCAUCCGCAGCGGCCUCUUCCACUCCCACCUGGAGAACCUGCAGCAGGUGCCCACCUCCGAGCUCCAUGAGCAGGUGACCUUGAGCUACGGCAUGUUUGAGAACAAGCGGAAUGCUGUCCACAUCAAGGGGCCCUUCUCGGUGGAAGCCGACCCGUCAAGGUUCCGCUCCAUCCACUGCCACCUGUACCCGGACACACCCUGGUGUCCCCACACUGCCAUCUUCUAGCAGCUACGGCUGAAACCCUGUCCCCGGGCACCCCUGGUAUCCAAAGGGCCCGGGGACCCCUGUUGUGCCGCCCUGGCCUUGGCAUUCGAGGCUCCCCCAGGGCUGUGCGUGUGUGUGUACCAUGUGCCCGUCCGUGUAGCAGACUGCUGGGCAGCUCUGCUCUGCCAAGGAGCAGGAAGGGCACCGCCUGUCUGUCUUUCCGUGCUCCACCCCAGAAGGAUUUG